AUGGUGUACAUCACCUCGGAUUUGUUCGGCCCAGAUACGUCGCAUGGCCAUGAACAACCCUCUAGCUCGACACAUUGGUCCCCAAUGGCCAGUUCACAGCAUGCACCAGGAGGCCUCGGCAAGCGGAAACGACAGGGAGGAGAAGACGGAGCAACAGGGUACGAGACGAUGCCACGACGCUUACAGAAAACGGUCGCUAACAAGGCAUGCAGCACUUAUGGCCACCAACAUCGCAUGCACCCGCUUGGUCGAGAUUCUGCUCGAUCACAGUGCCACAGCACCCCGCCCUUUGACACCAAUAGGAACCUCUCAUAUGUUGUGUACCCGAUCGCACAACAACACAGCACAGCAGAACGACGACCAGUAAAGCAGUUGAAGCGAAUCAACCCCAAAGCAACCGCCCUUGUGAAAUCAACGUCCCAGCUCAUGGACAUUGAGAUUGCCCCACAAGGUAGCAAUGCCCAAUCACAUGCCGCCUCGGACCUAAGACCAUGCCACGCCUGUAGAUCAGCCCCCAAGCGAAAAAGAGAUCUGGAGAACUACCUCGAUUGCAACCGCUGUGAUGAGCGCACAUGUUACAUAUGUGCCCGACAAUGUGUGGGAGGAUGCGGGAAAGCGAUAUGCAAAAAGUGCAUAGUCGAGGUCGGCAAAGAGGCAGACUCGUGGUGUUUGGACUGUUAUGCGAGAAAUCUCAACUCAUGA